GGGGCGGUAGCCAUGGCUUACUCCUUGUACUCCGCCAUACCCAAAAAACCUCUGAACUCAAUCUUCAUUUCCUCUCCCAAUUUCAUCUUCAGUACUGUUAACAAACACAUCCCUUGUGUAACUCCAUCAAAUUUUCCCUGUCUUGGAGGGUAUUGUACUUGGGUAUCGGCUGUUUCAUCUUCUGUAGCUGAGACAGAGGAACACUUAAACCGUCACGCAAGUCCUGGAAUUGUAGCCAAAGAAUAUGCUGACCUUAAUCUCCCUGAAAGAUUUUCUGAGGAUGUUGGCAAUCUUCGAAUAAGGCAGCAUGUCAAUCCUCUGCGACGUGGUCUCAUGAUUCCUGCAGAAGCACCAAACUGGAAGGAGGUGUUCGAGGAUGCAACAUUGCCUCUGAUGGUGGAUAUUGGGAGUGGUAGUGGGAGAUUUCUUAUGUGGCUUGCUAAGAGAAAUUCUUCAUCCAUGAAUUAUCUAGGAUUGGAAAUUCGGCCUAAGUUGGUCACACGGGCUGAGUACUGGAUAAACGACCUGGGUCUAAAAAAUGUACAUUUCAUCUCUACGAAUGCCAUGGUUUCCUUCCAACGACUUGUAUCUACUUAUCCUGGACCAUUAAUGCUAGUUUCAAUCUUGUGCCCAGAUCCGCACUUCAAGAAAAAACAUCAUAAAAGAAGAGUGCUGCAGAAGCCUUUGGUUGAUUCCAUAGUGAAUAAUUUAGCACAUGGUGGACAGGUCUUUAUACAAUCUGAUGUGCUCGAUGUUGCGCUUGACAUGAGAAAUUAUUUUGAUGAUGUACCUGAUAAACUAGUCCAUAUAGAUAGUGUUGACCCAAGUUUACCUUGUGAUGGUGAUGGAUGGGUUUUGAACAACCCAAUGGGGAUAAGAACUGAAAGGGAGAUUCAUGCAGAAUAUGAAGGUUGCAAAAUCUACAGAAGGGUUUACAAAAAUGUUCAACACUAACUCUCUGGUUCAUAACUUGCUGUUCUGGAGUUUAGGAUAACACAAUUUUGCUCUCAACUUUCUCCUGGCAUUAUUAUGGGUCUUUGCAGUGCCCUUCAACACAUCUAUAUUUGUACAAGUCAUUCUAAUGUCUCCCACAAUGCAAAGUUAAAACCAUGGAGCUUGAAGUUCAGCAGUUGAUAGUCGAGCGAGUGGUUUGAUGGCAUAAUGAAGCCCCUUCAAAAGGAGAGCAUGUCACCUACAUCUCUUACAAUUAAUUAGCUCUUUUUUCCCCUUUUCUUUUCAUUUUUUCUUCGUUCGAUCUUUGUAGUUUGUACCAUGGAGUGUAUUGUUUU